GGAGGAAGAGACGCUCCACGUCGCGGAGGUGUAACAUUGGCGUCAGCGCGACGCAAGGUGCUUCCUCGGUGCGAUUCCUGGACCAUUGUACACUUCCUCAUCCUCACGGCCGCAUGUAGGCGACAGUAACUCACAUGAGCAGGAAGCGAGGAUACUCUCCGCUCUUUCUGCUCAGAGGGGCCUCGUCGGGGACUCCGGGAAUCCGCUGAAGGUUGCCCCACUGUCCAAGGUUCUCGAUGGGUGAAUCGGGCUCUCGCCGCUCCACACUCGUUUCCCGUCUGCCAAUUUUCCGCCGCAGCAACAGCAAGAGGCAGGAGUCCCUCCCCUCCUCCCCGUCUUCGGGCGGAGUGGGAAAUGGCGUCCACACCUCCUCACCGUCCAGUACCAACUCCAGUUCCGGCAGCACCGGGAAGCGCCGGAGCCUCUUCCGCACGCCCUCUCUCAGUUUCAAACGGAACAGCGACCCACGGGUCCAGCCCAUCAAUCUAAACCUCACACCCCCGCUCUCGCAGAGCACUGACGCAAAUGGAAAUAACCAGCAGACGAUAACGACGUCGGCGUCGACGGGGUUCGGCGAGAGCGGCGGCCGCUCCAGAUCACGACACUCGUUCGGAUUUGGAAGCCACAAACAGAAAAAAAUCACGCGCUCUCAGACGGAGGACUUUGAAAAGGCCUCCUCGUCGUCCUCUUCGGCCAAUCGGAAUGUUUUCAUCAACUGCAUCAGCGGCUCAGGAACCAACGAAGGCGACGACUCCGGGUUCCUGGACGACUACAGCGGUGGCAGCAACAGCAACAAGCGCUCUUCACGCCAGAAGAAGCAGCUGCUGCCAAAGUCCUUCUCAGCUCACCACCGCUUCUCCCGCACGUCUGAUCACCACAGACCGCCAGAAGUAAACCUGGAGCCUCCCAGCUCUGCCACAGUCACCCCGGGGGCAGGGGGGGUCACCCCGGAGUCGUGGCCCGGCGAACUGCUCGGCGCCGGAGGCGAGAGCUCGCUCCAGUCUCCCAUGAUAUCAGAGGACCGGACCACAGCGAUCACGCCGUCCGAGUUCAUACCCAUCACAGAGGACUCGGUGUCAGAGGCCGACGCUCUGCCAGCUCCCAGCCCCGCGUCUGGAUUCUGCCCAGGACCGUCCUCAGCGCCGGGACCCGCUGCGGCCGCUGCUCCAGCUGAGCCUCCACCUGCUGCAGACAGCUUCAGCGUGGUCGUCUCUACCUCCCAGGUGUUCUUCACUCCAGCCCAGUCGAGCGCCGAGAAGCCCUUACUACCUGACACCAGCACAGCCAACAACACCGACUACGAGACUGCCAUCUCCCUCUCCGAGCCCGAGACAGCUGUGCCCUGCCUGCCUCUGCGGGAACAAUCCCUGGAAGAGAGGAAGGAGCGGGAGGAGGAACGAAAAGAGGCGAGAAAAGAGGUGUCAGCAGAGAAACGGAAGGCGGCAGCGGCGGCGUCCCAGGAGAGGAAGACGGGCUACCACACAGAGACCACGAGUGAGAGCGAGGCCGGCGCGGUGCGCAGCGAGGGCUGCCACUCUAACCCCGAGCAAUCGGAGCGGAAGGCGAGACACACGCUGUCGUUUCAAGAGAGAGGAAGCUUCUGCGGCUGCCACGAUCCGCGGCCGUCUCACCUGAGGAAACCACAUGCAGCUUCUCUGUGUAACAGUGCCAGCCCUUACCAUGAGGUGAUGCGGAUGGAGAGACGUCUGCGGUCCUCGUCUGAGGGGGCCGGAGGGCCCCGUAUCCAUGGCAACCACCGAGAUGCCCCGAGCAUGGAGGGCUGUGGCCUGCUGAAACACAGAAACAAUUCUUCAUCGUCUAAACUGGGGAGCCUGGAUGUCCUGAACAACCUUGGUUCUUCAGAGCUGGAUGAAGACGACCUCAUGUUGGACCUGGACCUCUCCGACGAUCAGCGCCAUCGGCACGUGUCCAGAGAAGACUCCAGCCAGUCCCUGGCCUCCUGUCUCAACCUGCUUCCCUCACCCUUGGACCCCACUGGAGAUCGGAUUGCUGGGAAAGAAACCAAUCAGAGGGAACCCAGCCGUCCGACCAGCCUGCUGCCAGCUGACUGGAGCUCAGGACUGGGCUUAGUGAGGGACGAUGAGCCCUUACCUCCGGGUCUGGAGACCCUUCCGCUGAGACUAAUGCAGCAGGACUGCACUGCUGUCAAAACCCUUCUCUUGAGACUGAGACGGACCCUGCAGGAGAGCACAGAGACAAGUCCUGCCAGCAGCCUCCAGUCCCUACCCAUUAGCCCUUGCAGUGAAAAGUCCCUGCCUUUUAAGGAUCCCAGCAGAGAGGAGGGCUUGCUGCAACAGUUGAAGGAGAAAGAUGAGCUGAUUCUCAGACUCCAGAGUGAACUGGAGAGUGCCAAAGCUGCCCUGAAGAUGAAAGACUGCCAAAUGACUGACCGCACAACACAGACGGAACACAUGGGGCCAGAGACCAAUCAUCCAGGCCGGUGGUCAGGACCAAGCAGCAGCAGCAGCAGCAGUCUGGCUCCAAGGGACCGAAGGGCAAUGCGGGGCGUGGGGGCAGCACCCGGAGGGGACCUCUCUAACCAGCACCUCCCCCAUCUGCACAGCCGGACUGCCGCUUCUGCCAGAGAGGAGCGCCACCACCAGGGGGCCUUGGCGCAGCCGACUGCCCGUCAUCCCGCUGCGAACCUGGCGCCGGGCCCCCCCAACCCGUCCUCCUCCUCUCCUGCAGCGUCAGCAGCACAAGCCCAGCCUCAAGUUUCACAAUCGGGCCUCGGCCCAAAUCAAUGUCCAGGCGCCGCUUCGGUGGCUGCUAAUCAUACCUCGGCUCCACUUCUGUCCUCCAAGCAGCCGGAGGGGGUGUCCUCUUCUUCAGAGUCCUUAACUCCAGGAGGAGGAGGAGGAGUCAGCAUGUCCUUUGGGGUGAGGAGAGGAGGAGGAGGAGGAGGAGGAGGAGGAGAUCAUCAUCCCCCGAGCCAUAUCCCUCGUGCACUCGGGGCCAGCGCCUCCUCGAGCCUCCACAGUCUCGCGAGCAGAGGAAGCCCCUCUCCGAGCAUCUCUUCGUCCGAUCAAGCCUCGCCUCCUCCCCCGACUCCCUCCUCGGCCUCCUCCGCCUCCUCCUCCUCGUCCUCCUCCUUCACCGGCCGUUUGGGACAGCCCCCGCGCGGCCCCCUGUCCCUGCACAGCUACAGCCGCAAAAACGUCUUCCUGCAACACUCCCUGCACACUGCCGAACUGCAAGCCCUGACGCAGAGAGACAGCUGAGGGCAAACAAAACAUUUACACCAUUCCAGCCGUGAGCAGACAUAUCAUCAACUUAGACUUUAAAGGAAAAAACUGCUCCCUCCUGCAGAAGCUGUCCGAAUCAUCAACCACACGCGCUUACAAUCACGCUCGUCUCUUCCCUCCCCUUUGCAAUCCAGACCAGCCCUCUGCUGACAUUUCAUAGAUUUGCUUGUUUCAACACACACUUGUAUGCGAGUGCACGCACCACACACACACACACACACACGCACACACACACACACACAGACUGAGAGUAUGAAAAAAGCUCUCACCCGUCUAUCAGAACUCCCACGAUGUGUCAUGCUGACAGUUUAGAUGUGCUUACGCCCACAGACACACAAAGUGCACACAGACUCACAACCUCGCAUCCGUGCACCGAUACACGAAUCCAGUCACGCACACCUAAAUACACACUCCGACACCGAGGCGUCAUCCGAGAUAUCUCCGCUUCUCCAUCUGCACAAAUGCCAGGGUGCUGAAGCUGAAUGGAGAGCCAGGAGGCGUGUAUCACUGGAGGUUUAUUUUUGAGUAAUUUUUUUGACCAUCUUUGUUUUCAUCAGUGAAAACCAUUUUGCUGCUUAAAGAACUACGGGGCUAAUCAUGAUUUGUGCUCGAGAGGGUGUUUAUACUCACAUUGCCAAAAAAAAAGAAAAAAAAAAAGAAAAAACUACCAGACCUGCAUCAGAUCAAUCCUCAUUCCAAACGUCCAGAUUAGAGGUAGCGCUCAGAUCCUUGCUUACUCCCACGUCUACAAACCUUUUACUGCAUGCUUUUUAGAAAGUUACAAAACAGAAAAUACUGGUUAAAAAAAUUUGUAUGGAAACAGAUUUCUUUUCAUAACAUCUCAGUGUCAACUUUGAUCUCAGUGUUUUAAGAAGGGAAUCAAACCGAGGAAGAUUUCAGUCUGUGCGGUGUUUUCAGGGAGAGAAAUGCUCCUCUGCUCACAUUGACAGAUGUUUUCUGUGUUUCAUACCGGUUCUCGCUCGUUUGUACGAUGUUGCAUUAUUAGCCACUUUCUAUAAUAGCAUCAGUGUGAGAAGGGUGAAGAGUUUCAUUUUGAAACUGGUAACUUGAUCCAACUUUAUUAGAAUUACCUUAGACUCCGGUGAUAGAAUUAAAAAAAUAACUAUUUCUUGCUAAAAUAUUUCAGAUUUUAAUCAUUUUAACAUCUACAUGAUGCAACCUGUAGUCACGGUUUAAAAUAUUUUAAUUUGACCCCAAAACGUUUUGUUUGUGCGUUAAAAGUUGUAGUAAAGUAUCAAGUUUUAAAAUGAAUCUCUUCCACUCCUCCUGAGGGCUGGGUAUGAAGCAGGGAUCCCUACUGCUGGUGCUCUGCUAAAUGACAGCGUCAAUAUCAAUUUUUAGGGGCUCCAAAGGAAAAAUGUCGAGAAUAACGGCAUUGCAGUCGGGAAACAUAUUUUCCGUGACAAGUUUCCCGAGGCACUCAAUGGACUGGAGCGUGAUUCUGCUUAGAGAGGCAGACGAUUGAACAAAUGUUGCACAUAAAGUGGUUUGCCUGAUCAAAUCACCCAAAAGAAAGAAGAUUUGAUUUUACAAAGCUUGAGCACAGAGUUUUUUUUCUCCUUCUGAUACCCAGCCAUCAUCAUGUGAGGCUUCUUUUAUUGCCCUCAUGUUGUGAUUACAUCCGAGAAAAAAAAAAAAAAAAAAGCAGAUCCAACGAUAUGGUACUGGGGAUAAUAUAAUAAGGGAAGCUUUUAUGUUGCUUGCGACGGCGGGA